AUCGACGUCAAACUUCCCAUUUAGACCACCGCCCAAUUGUCGAUAAUACCACACGCGCAUUCUACCAGGAGGUAGCGCCUAACAAUCAUCGCCCCAGAAAUCAUCCCGCAAACCAACUCCUACCAAAUACCACCUAUCAACCUACCAGCACUACAACACAACCACCUCGAACUUUCCUCCAUAUCUCCAAAUACCACCAAAAUACUAAACAAUGGUCCGCCUCAAACACCGCUACAUCCUCCUCGACAUCCUCUACCCCGACCCCUCAACAUGGCCCGCGGCCACCUCCCGCACCAAGAGCAACAACAACAAUAACAACAAUCCCCAAUCCAAAUCCAAAUCGCAAGCACAGCUACAAAUCCACUCGCCCACAUCCGACGCCCUAACACCCGGUCUCCUAGCAAAGAUGGUGCGAGAGGAAGUCUCCCUCAUGUUUGGCGAUUACGGUGUUGGUAGAUUAGGUGGUGCUGGCGCGGGGGGUAUUAGUGUGAAAUAUCUCUCCCCCGCUACUUCGACGGCGAUUAUUCGGUGUCCUCGCGCGUCGUUCAGGCUUGUCUGGACCGCGUUGACUUGCAUGUCGCAGGUCCCUGGGUUUAGUGACCCUGGGUCAUCGAAGAGGUCGAGUUCGACCAGGGCUUGUGUGUUUCGGGUUAUUAGGGUGUCGGGGACGAUGCGCAAGGCGGAGGAGGAGGCGAUUCGUAGGGCCAGGAGGGAGAUUGUGAGGUUGAGGGAGGCGGAGGAGAGUGGGGUUUUGGAGGGGUUGUUGGGUGGGUUGGUUGAUGUGGGUGGGGAGGUGAGUACGCCGGGUACUGGGGGGGAGGGGGAUGUGGAUUUGGGUGUGGAUGUGGAUGUGGUGAUGGAGAGUGAGGAUGAUGAUUGA